UUUCUCUAGCUGCGGAAAAUAAAAACUAUGAAGAUCUUUAAUUCUUUCUGUUCUCUGUUAUUUCUGUUCUCUGUUCUUUCUUCUUUGCAGAGUCCAAUUCAUGCUGCCAAAAAGUCUUAUGUUGUCUACUUGGGGCGGAGUUCGGAUCGUGUAUCGGAACUUUCUUCGACAUUGGAUAAAAAUGGAACUCCUCACUCUUAUUAUGAAUUGUUGGGCUCUUGCAUGAAAAGCAAGGAGAAGGCAAAGGAAGCAAUAUUCUAUUCUUACACAAAUUAUAUCAAUGGCUUUGCUGCAACACUAGAAGAUGACGAAGUUGAUGAAAUCUCAAAGCGCCCAGAAGUUGUAUCAGUAUUUCCUAAUGAAGUUAAUGAGCUGCAUACUACAAGGUCAUGGGAGUUUCUUGGACUAGAAAGAAACAGCCAAAUCCCACCUGAAUCUCCAUGGCAUAAGGCCAGAUUCGGUGAAGAUGUCAUUAUUGCAAAUCUCGACACCGGAGUGUGGCCGGAGUCCGAAAGCUUCAAUGACGAAGGCAUGGGGCCGAUCCCAUCGAAGUGGAAAGGAGGGUGUGAUACAAAUGAUGGAGUUAAAUGCAACAGAAAAUUGAUUGGUGCAAGGUACUUCAACAAGGGCUUUGAAGCUGGUACAGGCAUUCGCCUUAAUUCAACCUUCAACACAGCUCGGGACAUAGAUGGUCACGGCACUCACACCCUAGCAACAGCCGGGGGAGGCUUUGUGUCGGGUGCAAACCUAUUCGGCUCAGCCAACGGAACUGCAAAAGGAGGUUCACCUCAUGCUCGCGUUGCCUCAUAUAAAGUCUGCUGGCCAGGUUGCUAUGAUGCUGAUAUCUUGGCUGCUUUUGAUGCUGCUAUUCAUGACGGUGUUGAUAUUUUGUCGAUUUCACUUGGAAGUCGUCCUCGAGAUUAUUUCAAUCAUGGCAUUUCGGUUGGAUCAUUUCAUGCUGUUAAAAAUGGGAUUCUUGUUGUUUGCUCUGCUGGAAACUCUGGCCCUUUUAUUACUGCUUCAAAUGUAGCACCUUGGAUUCUUACUGUUGCGGCUAGUACAAUUGAUCGUGCUUUUCCUUCGGAUGUCACUCUUGGAAACAAUAAAACAUUUAAGGGUUUCAGUUUCAAUACCAAUAGCUUGCCUGCUAAGAAAUUUUAUCCCUUGGUUUACUCUGCGGAUGCUAAGGCCGUCAACGUCUCUGCAAGCCGUGCACGAUACUGUAUCUCUGGAUCACUUGAACCAACCAAGGUAAAAGGAAAAAUUGUGUACUGUGAAGAAGGUCUAGUCCCUAGUGUUGAGAAAAGCUUGGAGGUAGCGAAUGCUGGUGGCGCCGCGAUGAUCCUAGCCAAUCAGUUCUCUUCUGAGACAAUCAUUCCUGAUCCACACUUUCUUCCCACUUCAGUAGUCUCUGCAAAUGAUGGUUUUUCCAUUUUAGCUUAUCUCUAUAACACAAAGUCAGCAAUAGCUUAUAUAAGUGGUGGCACAGAAGUUGGAGAAGUGGCUGCACCUCUCAUGGCUUCAUUUUCAUCUCCGGGGCCAAAUGCCAUCACACCAGAGAUUCUCAAGCCGGAUAUAACCGCACCUGGAGUCGACAUUUUGGCUGCUUGGACCGGAGCUUUAGGACCGUCUUCUCAACCCAUAGACAAAAGAAAAGUUGAGUUCAAUAUUAUUUCAGGAACUUCAAUGUCAUGUCCCCAUGUUUCUGGAGUUGCGGGUCUUCUCAAGACUCUGCAUCCUGAUUGGAGUCCUGCUGCUAUUAGAUCUGCCAUCAUGACCACAGCAAAAACAAGAAGUAAUAUCAGACAACCAAUGUACACUGAUUCAUUUGAGAUGGCAAGCCCCUUAAACUAUGGUUCAGGACAUAUCUGGCCAAGCCGAGCAAUGGAUCCCGGUUUGGUUUAUGAUUUAAACUACAAAGAUUACUUGAAUUUUCUAUGCUCCAUUGGCUAUAACAAAACUCAAAUCUCUGCAUUUGUUGACAAGUCAUUCAACUGCCCAUCAGCCAACACUAGUUUAUUGAACUUCAACUAUCCAUCAAUAACCGUUCCGAAUCUGUCCGGUACUGUCACAUUGACCCGAACCCUAAAGAAUGUAGGAACUCCGGGCGUAUACACUGUCCGAAUCGAUGCCCCGAAUGGAAUAUCGGUCGAGGUUGAACCGGUGAGUUUGAAGUUUGAUAACGUGAAGGAAGAGAAAAGUUUUAAUGUGACACUUAAAGCAAAAGAAAUUAGAAGUGGCUUUUAUGAGUUUGGUGGGCUGGUUUGGUCAGAUGGCAAGCAUAAUGUAAGGAGUCCUAUAGUAGUGAAGCAACGUUCUAGUAGGAGUUAAGUUAUAUUAUUUAAUUUAAGGCUAAACCCAUGUAGAGGCCCUUGUACUAUAUCAUUUUUGUUCAAAAAGCCCUUGUACUAUUCUUUUAUUCUUCAGGUCCCUGUACUUGACAAAAUUUCGAUUUUCAGGUCCUUUUAAAGGACUCGAGGAACAAAAAAAUUGUAAGUAGAGGGACUGGAAAAAACUAAAAAAGGAUCUGAAAAUCAAAAAUUAUGUAAGUAGAGGGACUUGAAGAACAAAAAAAUAGUACAGGGGCUUUUUGAACAAAAAUAAUAUAGUACAAGGGCCUCUAGAUAGGUUUAGCCUUAAUUUAAUUUGGGCCAAAUGACAAAAAAAAAUCAAACCUUUCAUAAAAGUUUUACAAAAGUCCAAACUUUUCAAUUUUAUCCAAUUUGUCCUUAAACGCAUGAGUUUGCUUCAAUUAUGUCCAAUUGCACAUUUUCGCUUAUAUGGCGCUGAUGUGUGGCAUAUGCCACAUCAGCGCCACGUAGAUGUCAUAUGAGUAAAUUACAUAGUUUGAUAUUAUUGAAACGAAACUAUUUGUUUCAUAAUAAAUUUGAUAAAAUUGAAACGUUUGUACUUUUAUGAAACUUUCAUGAAACGUAUUGUGUUUUUUGAUUAUUUGUCCAUUUAAUUUAUAUCACAUUUCUUGA